UUAUUAUCUGUUUCGUAGCAUCGAAGUUCAGACGACAUUUAUUGAAAAGCCAGCAUGUCGUCGCUGGCGGGGUCGAGCGUGGCGCUGCACGUGCGGCUGCUGCGGGGCGCGGGGUUCCUGCGCGCGGCGCGGGGGGGAGGGAGGCACGUGACGUCACUGCACGACGCCUACCGCUGCCUCGCGCUCGCCGCCACCACCACCUACCUGGUGCAGGAGCUCAUUUAUGCUUAUCAGGAGCGGCGUGUGAUGGAGCGGCUGGCGCGCGUACUGUUCCUGCUGCUGUGCCACGUGACCUCGCUCGUGAAGCAGCUCGUGCUGGUGCUGGACGCCGACCGCGUCGACCGCCUCAUACAGAGUCUGGAUGAUCCGCUGUUCAACCUGGGCGACGCGCGCUCCACGCUGCAACUCCAGGCCACGACGCGCGGCGCGGCGCGGCUGGCGCGGCUGUACGUGGGCACGGCCGUGGUCACGUGCGUGCUGUGGAUCGUCUUCCCCAUCCUCGACCACGUCAAAGGGAACCCUGUUGAAUUCCCGCUCUAUAUAUAUGUGGACACUAAUAGGACCCCUACAUUUAUAGUAGUCUUGAUCUACACGUAUCUGGUAACGUCACUGGUUGGAAUAGCCAACACUUCAAUGGACGCUUUCAUGGGCACAAUAUUGCUGCAGAGCAAAACUCAACUGAGCAUUCUACGGGACAACCUGGAGAACUUGUUCGAGUCAGCGGAGGCGGAGAGCGCGGGGGGCGGCGGCGCGCGGGGGGAGGUGCACCUGCGCCUGCUGCUGCGCUGUCUGCAGCACUACAACAAGGUCGUCGAGACGACCAAGUUGUUCCAAGACAUCUUCGGAACAGCCAUCCUCGUGCAGUUCACCAUCGGUGGCUGGAUCCUGUGCCUCGCCGCCUACAAGAUUGUCAGCUUAAAUAUGUUUUCCAUCGAGUUUGCUUCAAUGAUCCUCUUCAUCAUGUGCAUCCUCACGGAACUGUUCAUCUACUGCUACUACGGCAAUGAAGUCAGCGUCGAGAGCGAGGGUCUGGUGAGCUCGCUGUACCUGACGGGGUGGCGGCGCGCGGGGCGGGGGGUGCGGCGCGCGCUGCUGCUGGCCAUGGAGCGGGCGCAGCGGCCCCUCGCGCCCACCGCCGGCCGCGUGCUGCCGCUGUCGCUUAACACCUUCAUACAGAUACUGAAGUCUUCUUAUACUUUCUACGCCGUGCUGCGACAAACCAAGUAUGAGGAGUAAGUGACCAAGA